AUAUUGUUGCGUAUUGUCGGGAGUUGUCUUCCUUUUUUCCCCCACUUAUGAUGUAUUUUGUGUGUGUCAGGCACCCGAGUUUAAAGAAAUCACCGCAGUCGAAAAUGCCGGUGCAGUGAAAUGGAGCUUUUCAAGUUUCAAUUAACAGAAAUAUGGCAGAAGCCAAAGCAAAGGAGGACUAUGUACACGUUAGCAAGAAGAUGCGAACAGACGUCUGCAGUAAUGCCAUCGACAGCACCACAGACAAGAAGUGUGACUCUGACCAUUCAGAAGAGAGAGAUAAUCUUUUCAAGACACUUGAAAACUUUGAAGUACAACGGAUAUUAAAUAACUCUGAGGAUCACAAAAGUAUUGCUGUUGUUGGCCGCCUGAAAGGAAGGGAAGGAAAUGCUGUAGUCAUGUUAAAGAAAUUAGCCUUCAAUGCAGAGAAAUUAGAAGAGAUAUUUAGUGGCAAAACAGAAAUUAAAACGUUGUUCCGCAAUGACGUAUACUACAACAGCACAGCAUUGAUGCCAAGAGAAUUGAAUGAGCUGGGAGCGACCAUCAUCUAUCCAGCGGAGGAGAAGCACGUGCUGAAAUAUGAGAGGCAAUCAUCGUCUUUUGUCUAUGAAACACCUGAGCUAUACAAGGAGGUUACGAAACCAUUCAUUGAAUCGGCUGCCUUUAGCAAAGAGUGGAUAUAUAAUAUUUUAGAUCACAAAAAAGAAGAAGAUCGUAUUGUUUUUGAGGAUCCAGACCCAGAAAUUGGCUUCAUCCUCUUACCAGACAUGAAGUGGACUGGAGAACAGAUUGAAGAUCUGUAUCUUCAGGCUAUUGUUCACAGAAAGGACCUGACAUGCAUCCGUGACCUUAGAGGCAACCACAUUCCUUUGCUAAAGAAUAUUUUGAAGAAAGGAACAGAAGCUAUAAUGGAGAAGUAUGGGGUACCAGCACACAAGCUCCGUAUAUAUCUCCACUACCUGCCAUCAUUCUACCAUCUCCAUGUUCAUUUCACUGCCCUCUCGUUUGAUGCUCCAGGUAUACAUGUGCACCCAGUUUGAUUUCUUCUUUUAGUU